AUGGAAGCCGGCGCUGUCGGGCGAGGAGAGCAAGCGAUCUGGGGAAAUUGGCGCCCUGUCUCGCCCUGCGCAUCCUUUGCUAACGGCACCGUGUCGGACGGGCGGUCGCAGUCGCAGUCCAAGCGGCCCCCACCCGACUCGACGCCCAGCAGGAUGAUGCAGCGUCAGGCGCGCCAUGGCAGGCCGACUCAACUCCACCUGCUCGACUGCCCUUGGUCGGCUAGCUCUGUGCUCGAAAAUGGACCCGGCCAACUCGGUGCCUUGGCUGCGGUGCUGCUCGCCCAAAGCAGCCAGGUCGAAAAGGCUCUACGCCGCAGAUUGGCGCUCCGAUGCGCGACGAUCGGCAUCUCGACUGCUUUCCUACUUGCCUGGCAGCAGCAGCCAGCAGCAGCAAGCAGCAGCAAGCAGCAGCAAGCAGCAGUGAACGCAUGCCGCAGCGAGCAGCACCCCUCGAGUCUUUUGUUUCCUCGUGAAAUGCCGCCUGCUCCUCGCUCGUUGCUCGCCGGCGACGGAUCUCCCCACCUCGCAGAUUCUCAUGCGCACCUCGGUGUCACCGCGAGUCAAGGCGCCCCGCGCUUGCUAGCUUGGGACCCCCUCUAUCCUCCCAGGCUCGUUGUCCCGGCCUCGUUUUUUCGCCAACAGGACGUCGAGAUUCGACCACAACAUCGAGCUCUGCUGCUACAUCUGCUUAUGCUGUGA